GCCCUUUUUCUCCUCCCCCCCGCCCUCCUGGCGAAUGAUGGAGUACAGCCGGCCUCGCCGCCGGCCACCGGCCACCACGGAGGGCGCACUCCCUUCCCAUCCGCCCCCACCUUCGAACAGUGAUCUUUAUGUCGGGCGCCUGACGCCGCCCAGCGGAGCACACCCAGGGGCGCUGGGGUUUCUGAUGUCAGCGGCGUCUGACGAGUCGACUGCCGCCACCGCCUCCAGCCCGCCAGCCUCCUGGCCCGGGUCUGCAUACACCGGGCAACUGACCUCGCCUCUGGCGGUCGCCGUGGCGGCAGCCCCGCAACCGCGGCCGAGCACCGAAUCGCCGGCCCUCCUGGCACCAGCCGCUCCCGAGGGGCCGGGCAAUCCCAUUCGCAUCCGUGCCCCUUCGGCGCGCGCGCUCAUGGGUGCGUCGACAUCGGCGGCUGCCGCCUUUGCCGCCGCCCCGCCGAGCACCAGCUCCGGCUUGGACACCAGCCUGGCGCCCGGGCGCUUCGCCGUUGAGCAACUUUUCGCCCGUGUCAUCGCCGAGGCCGAAUCCGCCAUCGAGCACCUGUGCCAAGUCACCUUCUCCGCGGACUUGGUUCGGUCUCGCUGCAAGGUGGGCGCCUUCCCGCCUUUUGACCUGGCGCUAGCCGCUCUGGGACCCAUUGCGCGCCACUUCCUGGCCCCGGUUCUGGACCAGCUGAUGGAGUGGUACACCACCAAUUGCCCGCCGCCCUCGGCCGAGGAGUCUCGUUCGCGUGGCGUCAAAAUCAAGUCCAAGAGCGAGCAGGGCCCAGCCCUGCGCUCGCUUGUUUUCGAUUUCUUUUUCUGCCGCAUCGCCUCGGAGAUCAUCCACCACAUUGAUGCGGCCCAGAUGUCCCUGCUGAUCGAGCUCUCUCGGCCGGCCUUUGGCACCCAGGCCCCCUCGCAUGUCAGUGGCCGUGUCCUUCAAGCGCUGGAGGCCUCAUCGCAGGCGCUCACCCGGGUGGAGAACCUGGCCUUCUUGGCCCUGCAGCGGGCGGCCAAAGCCCCCGCGACAAACAGCCCCGAGCCUUUCGCCCAGUUGCUGGGGGCCCUGUCGCGAGUGCACUUCCAGCGUGUGACCGAUCGCCUGUUGCAAGAGCUGAAGACCGUGGCCCCGGUGCCCUCGAGCAUGAUGUCCUUCUCGCCGCUCAGUGUCAAAGUCAACCCGAUGGCCCUUUUUUGGGUCCGGUCAACGAGUUUUGUGUCAAUCCGGACCUAUCCCAUGAAGCAUCUACUGGAAUCGGCCGACUUCCUGUCCACUUGCGGGGAGCUGCUGAAGGUCAGUAUCGAUGUGGCCCCCUUCACCGAGGCCCUUGCCCGGCUGUUGACCGAUCUCCUUGGGCAGGUGUGCAGUUCGGUGGAGGCCGAAGUCAAUGUGCCUGCCUGGUUUAAGUGUAUUGAGGCGCUAUACAAGAAUGCCUCGCGGCUCACCAAAAAUCCCCGGCACACGGCUGUCUCCUUCCCCCUGGCGACGCACCUCCUGGCCGUGGCCAACCAGGAGCUCCUCAAGGCCAAGUGGGAAUCCAAUCUGGAAAGCGUGGUCAAGCUCUUUAAAGCACAGCCCGCCGUUCGCAGCGUGGGCCUCACCUGCUUUGCGCAGCUUCUCUGGAUCUUUGUCUUCCGAUUCCAUCCGCUGAAGCUCCUGUCGCAGAAUGGCGAAAUGGCCUUCGAGGAGUCCCGGCUGCAGGCCCUCCUCCGGGUGGUCUUCCCUUCGGAGGAGCCCUCCACCUCGACGCUGCCGGUCUCGGCGUCGGACAAAUCCGCCUCCGGGUCCAGUGCCUCCUCUUCCUCUUCCUCCUCCUCCUCCUCCUCCUCCGGCUCAUCCGGGCCACCGUCGGCGGCCGGGCCGGCUGCCAGCGGGUCCGCCACCGCCCCCGUUCCGGCUCCCUCUUCCUCGGCUCUGGCAUCCAACCAAACGAUUCUCCCCUCCAUCGGGGCGAUGAUCAACUUCCUGACCUCGCUCGAUCGGGCCAAGGCCACCACGGUGACCGUGUGCGCCAGCCUGGCCCUCUCGGCCUUGAAUACUUCCCUGGCGCCGGGGCUGUCAAUGCUCGGGCUGGCCGUGCACCCGGCGGACAUUCGCCACGACCAGCUGUCCUACAUGCUCUAUUUCAUCGGGUCUCCCGGGGCCGGGCCCGGUCGCAUGGCCUUCACCUUGCGGUAUCUGGUCCUGCCCCUGCUUGGGUGGCCAGAUGGUGCGCUCAUUUCCUCGGCUGCCGCAUUCGCCGUGAUGUCCCUGUGCUCGGGACUGGUGGACCCGGGGGCGCUUCUGCUCCGGGGAGCUUCCGGCCACGACCGGUCAUCAUCGGCACCCCUUCCCGGGUCGGAUCCCGGCCUACGUUCCCCCAGCACCGGAACCCCCCGCGGGCCGUCGAGUCGAGGGAACUUCUUUUUCACCCCGGCCAUCGGGAAGUUUGCGGCGGCCUUCUUGCUGAAUCCGCCGAACGAACUUUCCGACUACUCGCUGGAGGGCUUUUCCCCGGAACGGGUGACGAUCGCCAUCAAUGGCCUGCUGCUUCUCAUUGGCGAAUUGGACAACCUCGGGCCACGCAUGGCUCUCAUGGGCUCCGGCAGUACCAGCGCCUCGCAGCUUCCGCCCUUCCCAUGCUCGACCGGCUGGCAGUUGACGUCGGCCUCACCGGCGCACGGGAGCGCCAGCAGUGGCGGUGGUCCGGCUGGCGGCGGCGACCUCCAGUGGGGUGCCGGCGGCGGGGCCGGGAGUAGUGGCAACAAUGGCAAUAGCCUGUUGUUCCCCCAUGGCGGCGUCCUGCCCAGCGAUUCGGACCCCCUGUUGGCCCGGCGCAUUCGUAGCCUGCUGACUCCCUCGGUUGUUGGCGGGGGCCUGAGCGGCCCGGCCGAUGCCGGGCUCUUUGGCGGGCCACUCCGGCGCCCGGAAUUGGCGUCCCAGUUUUUUUCCACGCCAUUGGCCACGCGGCCGACUUCCCCGGCUCCCUUCGGCCGGGCGGGAGUCGGCAGCGCGGCCUCCGGCAGCCCCUUCGCCGAGGCGCAGGCCGAUGCGGCCAAUCGGCGCCUCACCCUGCAAGCCAGCGGCGCCGGUGGCCAUCCCGGCCUCGGGCCUGGCGCGGCCUUCGGCGGGUCGACCUCCUCCUACACGGCGGACGAUCUGCUGGCCGGUAUUGGCCAGGCCCCCAGCCGGCUGGUGUCGGCGUCGCGUUUGCACCGGCAGUCUUCCUUCUGGCUGUAUACCGCCUCCAUGGCAGCCGUCGGGCGGAUUCUCAUUGCCACCGACUUCGCCAUUGGCAUCUACUCGCAAACGGUGGCCAAGUACGCCCGAAAGUCCGGGCUCUUCACCAUUCCCCGGGAAAAGCUUCCCUACAUCGAGCUGCUAUGUGCCAUCCUCCGGGCCAUCCCGCGAAUCCUUCCGCGCACCUCGCCACCGGAGUACCUGCUCACCCUGCUGGCCCACCACUCCCUGCAUCUGGAUGUCGGGGUGGCGGCCGAGGCGUCCCGAGCCCUGUUGCGCAUUUGCAACAGCCUGCCCAAUGCCCGAGUCCAGGUGGUUCGGGCCUUGUCCGAUGCCAUUGGUCGGAUUGGAGGCUCCGGCUUGGACAGCUAUGAUCCCCGGCAUACGGCCAGCCGCUUGAAAGCCCUUGGCCUGUUUGGCUCGUGCCUGUCGUACAUCGGCGAGCCGGAUUUGCCGCUGGCCAUGGCCGCCUACCAGGCGCCGUCCAGCCAGGAGCAUGGGAGUGCAGCCGCCGGCACCGGUGUCGGUGGUGGCACGGCCAAUGUCGGCUCCGAUGCCGGGGCUGGGCCUUCAGCAGCAGCAGCAGCAGCAGCAGCGGCGGCGGCUGCGACGGCGGGGCCCACCGCCGGAGCGCCCUUCCCAGCGUCGGCCAGCAGCAACUACCUGCCGGAAGAUAUGGUGGAGUUUCUGCUCUUCGAUCUGGGCGACCCGGCUCAGGGGCAUCGCGCCCCGCGAGCCCUGGAGGUGGGCCCGGUCCCGACGGAGAAGCGCCACCUGCUGCGCGUGCGCCGGCAGCGCGCGGUUCCCGAGCAAACCCCGGCCGCCCUGGCCGCCGGUCAGGUGGAGGAAGACGAGCAGCUCAUUGGAGCACAGCUGGGAUCGCAGUUGGACAUUUUCGCCCGUGCCGAGCGCCUGUGCGUGCUGCACCUGAUGUCUGGAAGUGCUCUGGUGCGGAAGACCGCGCUGGAGCUCCUUGCGCAUGUGUCACAUGUGGCCCGGCGGACGGCGCGACACUUUGCCACGGCCGGUGUCCCGCUGCCGGCUUCGCUAGCCACGGCCGGGGUCGGGGUCGAUGGGCACCCGGCCGCCGGCGAGGGCUAUCGCCUGUACCAUGUGGUGGCGGAGUUUGCCGAGGAUGUGCUCCUGCGUUUUGGCCCGUCGCCUGGAGGCGAGUCCGCCACCGGGGGGCUGUCUUCCGGCAUGGGAGGCGGCAGUGGUGGUGGCGGCGGCGGCGGCGGCGGCAGUGGAGGUGGCGGCGGCGGCGGCGGCGGCCCCGCCUGGGCUGGUCCCGGGCGCCGGGGCAGCUCGGCAUCCGGUGGCUCGGGGGCCGAGGAUUCCGGCCGGCCCGGGGCCGCGUCACUGUCAUCGGCCACCUUCUCCGGUGGCCGAGGCUCUGCCGGCAUGGCCACCGGGUCGGGCGGGGGCUCGGGGAUGCGAUCCUCCGGGCAUGCGCCCUUCAAGAGACGGAUGUCGGCGGCCAUGGCCGUCUCGACGGCCUUCUCCUCGAGCCCAGCCGAUUCGGCCGGCACCUCCAUGCGCUCCAUCGCCUAUUUCAAUCCCUUCUUCUGCCGCGGAGCCUCGCCCGGGGGGCCAGGCCGGGCGGCGGCCACUGCGGCUGCCGUCGCGGGCGGGUCGGCCUCCAUGUCGGCCUCGAGCGGCUCGGCCGGGGUGAAUUCCCUGCGUCAAACCCAUUGGAAUGUCUACGAAAACAUGUCCGAUGUGUUGACGAAGAACUUCUUCACGGCAUACGACCUGACGCGGCUCCCCUGCUCGGAUCAAACGUCGCGCUUGGUUUUCGGCGGCUUCGAGCCGGUCACCUCGGUGACGUCGCCCUUCCAGUCGCCCCGGUCCUUUGCAUCGGGCGGACUGGCGGCCGCCGGCGGUGGCGGCAUCGGCGGUCCCCUGUCCGAGGAUGCUGCACCGGGCGGCGAUCCCGUGUCCGGAGGUGGCUCGGGGAUGGGCGCCGCGACGAUGGCAGCGGCGCCAGCCGGCGUCACCUCGGCCGGGGCGCGCGCCGGGUCCUCGGACUCGCUGCCGAGCAGCCGGCCGGUCCCCCCCUCGGGGGGCCUGAGUCGCGGUGCCGGGGGUGGGUCCUUCUCGGGCGUGACGACCGAGCCCAUUUCGGGCGGCGCGCGGGUGGUGUGGGGCUCGCCAGCUGGCCGGACUUCCGUGCGGCAUUCGAGCUUCCGCCGGUCUGGCGUGUUCAACAUCUACUCGAAUGUGCACCGUGGGGUCCCGCUGGCCGGGUCGCCUGCCGACAUGGAUGAUCCGCUGGAACGCCUGCAUGCGCUGGCCGAGGGGGAUGGCGUCUUCUGGGCCCCGGUCUUUGCGGAGAUCAUGCGCCGGGCCGGGUCGCUCAAUGGCAUCAGCAGUGCCGUGGUGGCAUCCUGCUGGAACCACGCCCGGCAGACCACCGUGCAGCUGCACUCGAGUGUGCUCAUCUCGGCCGGCUUGUCGUCGGGUAGCACCCCGAGCUCCUUCUUCUCCAUUUCCAAGCCCGAGCCUGGGGCCUGCCCGGAGCAGAUCUCCAUGUGGCAAAAUUAUCUCACCUUCGCCUGUGCCAAUGUUCCCGCAUCGGCACUGUUGUCGAUUCCGGUCGGCGAGGGUGAGGGCUCCUCCGGCGGGACGACCAGCGGGUCGGCCUCCGGAAGCACAUCGACCAAGCGCGGAGCCUCUCAACCGGCGCCACCGUCAGCGCGCCUUCUCUUCCGCGGGGCCCUCACUUUCCUCCGGAGUCCGCCGGUUCAGGCAGCCGAGUUGGCACAUCCGAGUAUGGCCAGUGCCGGGGGCACCGGUGGCGGCGGCGGCGGCGGCGGCGGCGGCGGCGGCAGCGGCAGUAGCCCAUUAUCUGUUGGUGCAAGCCCGGCCGGCUCGGUGCCCUCCUCUUCCUCAUCCUCCUCCUCGUCGUCCUCCUCGUCUUCCUCUGGCGCGUCGGGAAUGGGCCCCCUCGGAGGCACACCAGGCAGCGGGUCAUCCCCCUACCCGACGGGGGCGGCGGUGUCAGCUUCCGGCUCCACGAGUUCUCUGACUUCCUCCGGCGUGUCCCUCUCGCCGGCGGUGUCCUCCUCAUCGAUGGUGUCAUUGGGGUCCAUGUCGCAGACAGCUGUUCCGGUGGCACCCGGCGGCGGCGGCGGCGGCGGCGGCGGCGGCAUGGGUGGCCCCUUUGCCGGGGGAGACUUCUUUGCCAUGCUGUCCGGCGAUAGUGCCGGGUUCUCGCCGGGCGUCGGCGAGGGGCUCGUCGCCGGCGGCGGGGCCAGCAUGCUGCCGCCCGGGUCGGGACUCACGGCCGGGGCGACGCCCGGCCCGGCCGGCCUGGCCCCCGGCGAUGGGCCUGUCUUCCCUGGGUCCGGCGGACCAUCGCCCGAGGCGGACUACUUCCUGGCCGGGCUGCACCCAUCGGUGGCCGGGCGCCUUCCCUCACCGUCGCCCUUCGCGGCGGCCGUCAGUCGGGCCCUGUCAAUGGUGCACCCCCGUGGUCAUCUGGUUUUGUUGGAGGAGCUCCGGCCCCACCUGCGCAGUGCCUUUGGCGAUGAUGCGGCCUUCUUUUCGACCGACGAGACUGUCAGCGGGCCUGGUGGCGGCCCCGGUGGCGGCCCCGGUGGCGGCCCCGGAGGUGGCUCCGGCAGCGGCCCUGGCGGAGGAAUGGGCGGGGGCUCAGGCACCGGGGUCGGUGCGGUCCCCGGCGUGCCGAGCCUCAAGCCGCGCUUUGUGUCUUCUUUCCGCAUCGAAAUUGUCCGCCUCUACUCGAUGAUCGCCCGGAGCGUGGCUCUGUCCUCCAACCUCGAGGAGAAUGUCCUGAAGCAUCUGUCCUCCUUCCUGGGGCUGGUGACGCAGUUUUUCGACAACUUCCACGAGAACUGCGGCUGGGCCUCGUCGGAUGUCUUCAAGAUGCGCAUCUACUUUGCCAUGUUCAUCGAGCAGCUGUAUCGCCAUGUGUCGAGGCUGUCCUUCCUGGCGGAGCGCUUCUUCUCGCCGCGCAUUCGCACCCGGCUCUUCAAUCUCAUGGAGUCCUGGGCCAACCUGGCCAGUGUCACCGGUGUCUGGUCCGUGUAUGCCAACAACACCAUGAGCACGGUCAUCACACGGCUCCGGCGCGAGCGGCACCUGGAAAACGAGAAGUCCCUGAACCGCCGCGCCCAGAUUGUCCAGCUCAAGUUGCUGCUCUGGCACCUGGAUCUACAGGCCAACCGGGCCAUGGCCUCGCUGCUGGCUGGCCCGCUGUCUUUCCGCGAGGACAUGCUGCACCAUGGGGAAACUUAUUUCUCGUCCCUCAGCGUCUUCCAGUGGAUCAACAAGCUCUUUUCAUAUAGCACCAAUCUCGAUACCGUUUCGCAGCGCAUUGAUGCUGGCAUCCCGGCCACCGUGGCCGACCUGCGCGAGCGGUCCGACAUUGCCCGAUCGGCGGUGCGCGCGUUGCUCAACCACUCGAACGAUGGCCGGGCCAUCCUAGACGCGCUCCUGAACUUCUGCUACACCACCUGCGACGUGUCCUCGCGCGGCUUCCUGCAGAGCCUGGUCGAUGUGUACUCGUCCUCGCGAAAUGCCCUGUCCUUCUUGGUCCCACCUGCUCAGCCGGGGCCUGGCCACCGGCAGCAGCAGCCGCAGCAGCAGCACUCGCCCUUCGCCCCGGGGGCCCUGCCCGAUGAAGGCUACAACAUCCUGCCGCCCUCUGUCGCGCCGCUCCUGACGCUGGCCCUGUUCAAAGCGGUUGACCCGGAUCUGGCCGUCCGAAACAAUGCUGUUCAGCUCCUCCAGAUCAUUGAGGACCGCUUCAAUUUGCGCCCCAUUGCAUCGGACUAUCGGAUCUCCCUGAGCUCGGCCCUGCCGACCGCUUACAAGCAAAGCCAGGCCUCGCUGGCGGCCCGGCUGGCGAGGGACCAGCCCCAUCUGGCGCACGAGCUCCUGGCCGAGGUCCAUCGGCGGAUUGGCACCAUCCCCCGAGGGUCGGCCUCGAGACGGAGCGACCUUCUGACCCUGAUCUUCCCCUGGUUCGGGUAUGUGGACCUGCUGGCCGGGGGGCCGGCCCCCCCGCCCCGGCCGGGCUCCGGGCCAACCAGCGCCCCACCCGGGGCCGAUCCCCUGCGCCUGGUCAUCCCCACCCAGCAUCGUGUCUUCCUCGGUCUGUUGGUGUCGCUCACUUGCCAGUACGAUGAUGACUUCAUCUAUGAGGUGGAGCUCCUGUGGUCGCAGCUGAUGACGGCCUUCGGGCACAAUGCCCGGGUCCUGGUGCCGACGCUGCUGGACAUGCUGGUCCGGCGCCGGCGCCGGCAAUUCCGCCGGGCCGUGCAGGCCGCCAGUGCAGCCGACCAGACGCAGAAGCUCCGCGCGGCGCUGCUACGCCUGCCGGUGAGCUAUUGGCUGGCAUCCUCCGCCGGGGCGGCAAGUGCGGCCAGCGGGCCCGGGGGUGCCGGGGCCGGCGGCCUGCCGGCUGGCAUCGAUUUGUCAGCCCCAGCCGGGCACUCUCGACAGGGGUCCAACUUCCUCGAGCCGGACUACCUGUUUGACUUGGCCCUGGCCCAGGAUGAGUUUGAUGAGGCGGGCUGGGAGCCGGCCACGGGCGGGGGCUUCCGCACGGCCGGCUCCGCGGCCCGGUCUGCCUCAUCCAUCCUCGGGGGCCUUGUGGGGAACAGCGCCCCAGCGGCGGCCGAGUUCUCCCCGAAGGACAGCGAGGAUGCCGCAUUCCUGUCGCACUGCAAGAAGAUCAUUGUCUUUGCCUGUCGGACGACCGCCUGCGAGACCAUCCUCCUGGAUCUCAUUUGGGCGGUGGUGCCGCCCGUGCGGCCGGCCCUCCCGGCACACCUGUCCCCUCGGAGCAUGGAGAUGCGGUCGGCCGCUCGACGGGACGCCUUUGCGCUGGUGCUUUUGGUGGAUCUGGUCCCGGAACUGCCGGUGGACUUGUGGCGCCCGCACUUGGUAUACCUGUUGCAUGCGCUCAGCCUGACCGUCCUGUCGAGCAGCUUCCCGGCCGGGCCACCGGACCAGACGGAACUUUCGUUCCAGUCGUCCAUCUACUUCGGCGGGGCUCCCCUGGGGCUGGGGUUUGAUUCGCUCUUCGCCGAGCAGAGCCGGCUGCUGUUGGUGAACCUGGCCCACUCGCUGCUUUCGGCCGAGGCUGCGGCUCCCGGGUCGCCGGGAUUGGCGGCCGUCUCGCCGGCGGCCGGGGCCGGGCCGGGCCCCUUCCCCGGGCGCCGGGGUGCUGGUCUUGGGCGGUUGGCGCCCCCUGGCGCCGCCACCGCCCGACCCCUGUCGCCCAGCUCGAAGUUCCUCCAACGGCUGAACAAUGUGGGCGGCUUGUUGGCCGCAACGGCUGGGCUGAAAUCCGACUCGCGCAUCAUCCAGGGCGUGGGGCUGAUGCCGUUUGCGCGCGCCGUUUGCCCGGAGGUUGCCGCUGAGUUUGGUCCCUCCGGCAACAGCGGCGGCGGCGGCGGCGGCGGUGGUGGUGGUGGCCCCGGUGCCACUGCCCUUUCCUCGGGUCCCUCCCCAUCGGCCCACUCGAACCCUGCCAACACCGGUGGGCGUCCGGUGCUGACGGUGACCCUGGCCCUGAGCGGCGCAUCGAGUGACAGCUCUCUGGCGUCGGCUGGGUCGCCGGUUCCCGGGCAUCUGGCGCUGCUGCUGCAGGCCGAGCAGUCGGCCAUGAGCGAGGCCACGGAGAUGGCCUUCGCCGAGGAGACCUCCGGCGGAACCAUCACCUGGGACCAGGCGCCCGGGUUUUCCGAUGGCGCAGUGGCCUCGUGGAUCGAGGCCGUGUUGGAUGUCUUCACCGAGGACCUCGGGGUGAUGGACAUCCGGGAGCAGUGGGCCUCGGUGGCCCUGCACUGGAUGGCCUGUUCGCCGUUGCUCCGGCACCGGGUCAUUUCGGCGCGCCUGCUCCGGCUCCUUGCGCCGGCUCCGGCCGUGUCUGUCAUCCGCGCGGUGGCGGUUCAGCUGUCCGGGGUCCUGUCCUCGCCGGAUUACCCGCCGGCCGGGGGGUUCCCCGCGGCAAAGGGCGCCCCGGCGUCCGGCGCCUCCACCCGGCCAGGAGGAACCGCGGCCGCGUCUGCUGCAGCCCCCACGGCCGGUGCCCGGUCUGCCCGGAGCGCAGUCCCCCCGCGGUCACUGGUUCCGGAGGACGCCCUGUCGGGCCCGCCGCCGCCAGCAGGGCCUGCCUUGCCGCCGGGGCCCUUGGCUUCCCUGUCGUCGGCGGUUGAUGGCGCCGACCCGGCGGGCUUGGACCCGCAGCUGGUCGAGCUGAUAGACACCGGGCUCCUGUGCCAGCACCUGGUGGACUCGGGGCUGUAUGCGCGCGAGUUGCUCGGGUAUUUGGAGUCCGUGGCAUCGGAGCUGGUGUGUCGAGCGGCGGUGCUGCUGUCCGCGCGGCAGCCCCUUCCGGCGGACAUUCGCCAGCUGUUUGCGCCCCUCUUCUGGGUGUUUGUGGCGGUGCUCGAGUCCAAUGUGGCGGCCGAGUAUAUGACCGCCGUGCGGGUGCUCACGCGCCUGGUGCGCAUCGCCGGGUCCGAGCCCGAAUCGCUGGUCACGGCCGGCGGCGGCAGCACGCGUGGCACGUCGGUUCAGUCGCCGGACAGCCCGACCCCGCGCGUGGUUGUCGGUCCCGCUGGCGGCACUGCCACCGGCGGUGGCAGCGGCAGCGGAAAUACCCUCAACGAGGCGCCGGGCAUGCCGGUCCUCGAUGUCGAGGGGCCCGAUCAUGACCCUGGCAUGGACUCCGAUGAUGAGGAUGGCACCCGUGCGACCUCGCUGCCGGCUCCGGAUUCCGGCCUCAUUCGCCUGCUGGUGUCCACGGUCCCGGGGCAUGGGCGGUGGCAGACCUUCGGCGGGUUGCAGCAGCUCCUGCUGAAGGGCGUGGCCCACCCGCUGACCGAGCCGGCCACGGUGGCCCUGUUGGCCGAGCUGAGCGCCAGACUGCCAUCCGACUCGCCGCUGCUGGCGGAUGAUGACACCAGCGACACGCGCCUGCUCUUUUCCAUUCUGGCCGCCGUGCCAUACAUGUUCUUCUGGCGCCACGCGGCUGGGGCGGUGCAUUCGAGUGCGGCGGCGGUGGCGGCGGCGGCGGCGGCGGCGGCGGCGUCGGCGGCAGCCGCCGCGGCUGCCGCCACCACCUCGACCGCGCCCUCAACCGGCAGCCCGCUUCAUCCCACCAUGCCGGCCAUCGGGGCGGUGAUGUCCGCCACCACGGCCGGGGGGAUGUCCGCCCCCGCGUCUCCGGUCCAGGCAGUCCCUGGCAUGGCCGGAGCCCCCUUCUUCCGGCCGAAUGUGGCUCCGUCCGGCCUUGCCGGCUCGAGCCGGUUCAAUUCCUUCUCAUCCAUGGACUCCUCGUGGGAAAACCUUCUCCCAGGGGCUGGGGUCAGUGGGAGCGGCACCGCCGGUUGGGUGGCCGGCGCGUCGCCGGAUGAGCGUGUCCGCGUGCUGGCCCAGACCUUUGCCUCGAUGGCCAGCUCGCGCGGCUUCACCAAGCUGGCCCGGUGGUUUGGUGGGUUCCUUGCACGCUAUCGCGUGCCGGAAGUCGAGCACAUCAAGCACCUGGUGGCCGGGCUGGCCGAUGCCUUCUUCCCGGCGUUCGAGGUGCCGACCUUGCGGUAUCUGCUGGCCCUGGCCGAGUGUGGCCCGGUCCGGCAUUUGCGCAUUGUGCUCAUCCUCCUGCGCAGUGUCAUGUCGCACAUUUCCCAGACGGAAAUCCUCCCGGAUGGGGUUUCCUCCCCGGAGCUCAUUGGUCCUCUCUUCCGCCACAUUCAGGGCGCAUGGUUCCAUGACGCGGUCAACAUCCUGGACCACAUUGCCUCGGUGGCGGCGAUGGGAACUGCCACAACCGGUUUCGCCUUGAGCAAUCACCGUCUGGUGGCCAAGGCCGGCGAGCACAUGUGGCUGCCGGCGCGGCCCUGGUGGGACUCGCCGGAAUCCGGCCUGGAGACUGCUCGUCAGCGGGUGUUCUUCUCGGUAACUGGCGGCCCGCCAGAUCCCGGCCCACGGUUGCCAUGGUCCGCCCCGCCGGCUGUCAAUGGCGCCAAGCAAACUGCCCACACGGCUGCCGUGCUGUGCAUGCACUUCGAUCUGGGCAUUCAAGCUGCCGUUGGCGUUCUACCGGCUGCGGUUUAUGAACCGGCCGCCGUGGCUCUCUUGCCGGAGCCCAAUCCGUCGGUCACUCCGACCAUCGUGACAGUCCCUACUGCCGCGGUCCCGGCCACCGUCGCCGCUUCGGAUCCCGCCCCGCCGGCUGACCCGGGCUUCUUGGAUGGCUCCUUCAUCGAGGAUGAGGACUUCGACUCCUGGGUCCUCAAGUCGCCGGUGCUGACGGUGUUUUUCCCCCCGCGGCAGUAUCCCGGCCCGCCGGAGGGCUCCGGUGCUCCGGGCCCCUCCGGCAUUCGGCCGGUGCCGGCGCCCUCAUAUCACCGGACAGCCACGCUGCUGGAUGUGGCUCGGGUUCUGCGCAAUGCCACGCUCAUGGUGGUGGCCCUCUUCCGGUCGAGCACGCCGAUCUACCUGCUGGAGGAUUUGCUCCCGGAGACCGCGGUCCCCGUGCCGCUGUCACUGCCGCGCCUGUACAACCACCUGAGCGCCACGGUGCCGGUUGGUCCCGGCGGCGGGGAUGACUCCCUCCCGGUGCCCCCCCCGCCGGGCCUGGUGCCGGUGGCCGAUGGCGACAUGGAGGCACCGGUGGCCUUUUUGAUCCGGCUCGGUGCUCGACCGGACCCAUCGAUCAUCUCCAGCUGUGAGUCCUUCUUCCGGCAUGUGUCGGCCCCGCAGCAAGCCAGCCAGUUGGGGCUUCUGUCACUGGCGCUGGCCACCUCGGAUGCCAUGGUCCAAGUUCCCGUGUGUGAAGCCCCGGCCGAGGAUCUGACCCUGCCGCUGGACCUAGCCAUGUUCGAGGGGACCGGCCGGGUGGAGCAGCUUGGCUCGCCGGCGCCCACCGGGCAGGAGGCUGCCUGGCUUCGGCCGCUCAGCUACUGGCUGCAUCUGGACCAGCUGAUCCUCGAGCCGGCAACCUUGCGCGACCCACUCGGCGACGUGGCCGCCACCCCGCCCACCAUCGUUCAGUUUACCGACGCCACGCAUAGCAUCGUCGACGAGCUACUGGCCGACUUCAGCCUGACGUUGCAUUCGCUCGGAAGCGUCAAUUGGGCCGAGCUCCCGGCGCUGGCGGCCCCGCAGUCGGAUUACCGCCGGGCCAGGUCGAGCGCCAGUGGCGCGUCAACCGAAUCGCUCUCCCCGAGCCUCGACGCCUGUCGCGAGGGGGUUGCCAUGCUGCUGGAAGCGGCGGCGGCAGCCUCGGCCGCUGGCCCGGAUCCAGCCGAACGGAGUCUCGAGCAUUCGCUCGGUGUCUUGCUUCAUCAUGACCCCGCCUCGUACGGCGCUCUCGUGGCAAGCUGGUCGCGGCUGGCCCGGCAGUUCACGCCUCUCCUGCAGAGUCUGCUCUACCUGCGUGUUCUGCGCCUCGCCUACUCGCCGGAGUUGGAUGACUUCGCGCGGCCCUACCUCACCAACAUCCUCUCGAUCUAUACGCUGUUGCUCACCCAUGCCGCGCGGCUGUGCAUCUUCCUGCGCGAGCCUUUCCUGUCGGCUCUGGCAGAUGCCUACCUCGACGGCUCCGGCAAUCCGGCCGCCGCCUCGGCAGCCUCCAACCAUAUGUUCCACACGUGCCAGGAGGUCCUCACCACAUAUCUGGCCCCGCUGCGGCACUGUCCCCUGACCUCCUUUGCCCUUCGCUUGCGCUCUGGCGCCCGGCCGGCCCCACUGGCCACCCCCUCCUCGCAUAGCCACUAGCCCGCCGGUCAUGGCCACAUGGCCGGCGCGCUUUCACUCUGCCUCCCGCAUGUACCUCCCUCCCCCCCGUGGGGAAAUACAGGAAGACGG